AUGCUCAAAGCAAACCCCAUAUCUGCUUUAUCCGUGCUUCUCCUCUUCCUCAACGGGGUCUCCCCAAAGUGCCAGGAGAGCCCGGAGGACCUAUGCCAGGAGCACAAGGACUUCGUGCCCGGCCACACUUUGGCCGGCGAAGGCUUCGACGUCACCACGCUGGAAAGAAAAGGGGCCAGUUUGUUGGACAUGACUCAGUGGGAAAACCCCGACGGGACGUGCACUUUGUGCCAGAAUCCGUUGCUGGAAGGCCGGCCGCUCCAGAGACUCCCGCUGGCUGGGGCCGACUGGGAGGUCGACAUCUCUUGCCGCCGGAAGCUGCAUUCCUCCUUGCAAGAGUCGGGCAUCUCGGUGGUCCAGGGAGCGGGCGCCGACGUGAAGAACGACUGGAGGAUGGGCCUUGAAGUGGAGGUGAAGCCCGAGGUGCGAGCCCAGGUGACUCUGGCAGGAUCCCAUUCCAAGAUGGCCGACUUCAGCAUCGACAAGAGCGGGAAAGACAAAUACAGUUUCGCCAGCCACGAAGUCUCCUGCCUUUUCUACAAGUUUCGCAUUGGCCACCACCAGCCCCUCACCCACCAUUUCAAACGUGCUCUGAAGGUUCUCCCCCAAAAGUAUCUCCGCGCAUCACAGCUGGAAUACCACCAGCUUAUAGAAACUUACGGGACUCACUUCAUAACAAAGAUUCAUCUGGGGGGACGUGUGAAGGACGUGACCGCCAUACGGGAGUGCGAGACGGCACUGGACGGGAUGAGUGCCGAAGAGGUCAAAGACUGCCUGAGCGUCGAGGCAUCUGCCAGCAUUGGCCAAGACAAAGUGAAGGUGGAUGCGGCCUACCAGAAGUGUGAGGAGAUGAGAAAUAAGCGGAGUUUCAAGGGCAGCUUCCACCAGAUGUACACCGAGCGGCACACCGAAAUUGUGGGCGGGGACCGUCACGCGGAUCUGCUUUUCUCCGACGAUCUGAGCAAGGAGUCCUUCCAAGAGUGGGUGGAAGGCCUCAAAACUAUGCCCGGCCUGGUCUCCUAUUCCUUGGCCCCAAUCCAUACCUUGGUGGCCAAGGAGGACCCACGGAGGGAGAGCCUGAGGCAGGCGGUGAGUGAAUACGUGACCAGAAGAGCUCUGUGGAGAAACUGCACCCAGCCUUGCCCGCCAGGGACUCAACGCAGUGCCCACGACCCCUGCUCCUGUGUGUGUCCCAACAAUGGCAACACCAACUCCAUGUGUUGCUCCAAGAAGCGGGGCCUGGCCAAGUUGACAGUGACCAUCAAACGUGCCUCCAAUCUUUGGGGAGACCACUUCACCAGGACCGAUGCCUUUGUUAAGGUGUUCUUCCAGGGGAAGGAGAGUCGCACGUCAACGGUGUGGAACAACGACAACCCAGUAUGGGGGGUCCAUUUGGAUUUGGGGCACGUCCAGUUGCUGGGAGAAACCAGCAAGCUCCAGGUCCAAGUCUGGGACGAGGACAACAAGUACGACGAUGACUUGUUAGGGGCCUGUGAGGAGAGCCUGCAAGCAGGGGAACGCCAAGAGAAAGUCUGUUACUUGAAUCACGGGCGCCUGGAUUUCCAGUACCACUUGGUUUGUGGUCCUUACCUAGGUGGCCACCACUGCAUGGAUUACACCCCUCAGCAGCCAAGAUAUAAGGGUGCCUUCUUGCAACGCAUGGGAAAAGGAGACUCUGUGACGGAAAAGAGGGUCCAUGGCUUUGACCAGGGUGGCCCAGGCUAG